GACGGAGGCUCCUGCCCUCAUUGCCAAAGGAAGAGGAUUGCGACGACCACGACGACGACCGCGACGACGACGCUGAGGGGGGACCGGAUGGGGGGGAUGGGAGGAGCAGGCGUUGAAGCCGGGCGUCGAGAAAAUUCGGCGGACUGUCAUGGUUCCCGGAUCGGCUCCAGUGGAUGACGACAGCCGGAGGCAUCCCAUUGGACCCAAGAAUGAGGAUGCCUACUAGCGGCGAUUUAGCCCGAGCGACUAUCGUAGCUAAGAGUUAAGACCGAGCAGCCAUGCGAGUUUGGGAAGAAAGCAGCCAAAGUCGACUUGCUUUUGCUCCGAAAAGACGCGCAGCCCGUGGAGCCCGGCCCGGCUGAUAUUCCGGGCAAGCGAGGCUAGCCUCGGUGUGAUUGGUUUCAAUCCGUCAAGCAGACCUGGAUGGCCCACAGUGGAUCAGCCACGCAAAAUUCCAUUUCCGGCAAUGCCUGUCCAUUACUCCUUUGGGAGGUCAAAAAGGAGGGCCGGCGAGAGGGAGGUCAGGAGCAAAGCACAAUGGGGAUUCUUGUCGGUCAGCCUGCAUCAACAAUUCCAUCAAUCAUCGGGAUGGAUACAGCCUCGUUGCUGUUGGAUGACCCAGCUCGACACAGCCAGUCUCAUCGUCAGCCAGGAUCUCUGCCCCAUCCGGUCAGCAUCAACGGUCACGGUGUUAACUGUUAGUGACUUAGUGUGUCCGUGUCAGGCGAGCCGCCCAAUCACUACCCGCCCCAGGCAGCAACCGGAUGCCAGGCUCCCCUCAGGCACUCCCACGGACUUCGGUCAGGAAUCAGGGGAGACCAUGAGGCUGACCUCUCUCUUCUUAUAGAGGCACUCGUCCCGUCCUAAUUUCAGCAUCCAAGCCAAGAACGUGGGUAAUCCUGGCCCCGAUGGAGCAAUCCUCGCAAACGAGAUGAAUAGGAUAAAUGGUCUUCCGUACGGUAUACACCAUGUGGUGGCCGACGAACCAUGAUUGCCUGGGUUCCCAGCGUUCGACUUGGCCGGCUCCACUCCGGGCGGAUCUCCCAUGGGCGUGGCGCUCCGUCACCUCCAUGUCUCAUGCAUAUUCGGACAUUUGACAUGCCUUUGAUACAAGGAGUGUAGUCGCUGGCUGGAGAUCAG